UCGGGCGGCGCGCGGCGGGGCCGGCCGUGCGCGGCGAUGGCGGCGCCGGGCGCUGAGGGGCUGCGGGCGGGCGGCGCGGGGCCCGCGGGCGGCCCGGGGCUGGGCCCGGGGCUGGGCCCCGUCCCGGGCCCCGUCCCGCCGCACCCCGGCGUCUCGAGGCGACGCGGGCGCACGCUGCUGGUGCGGCACCUGCCCGCCGAGCUGACGGCGGCGGAGAAGGAGGAUCUGCUGCAGCACUUCGGGGCCGUGUCUGUGCGCGUCCUGUCGGACCACGGGCGGCUGAAACAUACCGCUUUUGCCAGCUUUCCCAGUGAAAGUGCAGCUGCAAAGGCUUUAUCCAGACUGCAUCAGCUGAAACUUUUGGGUCACACGUUAGUUGUUGAAUUUGCGAAGGAGCAAGAGAGCGCACAGGUGCUCAGUCAGGCUUCUGUCUCAGACAAGCGCAAAAGUUUAGAAGAACCAGUGAAAGAAGAAGAGAAGAUAGAACCAAACUGUGUUAAAAUAGAGAAUGGAAUUGCACCCAGCCAUGGCCUCACCUUUCCCAUCAAUUCUUGCCUCAAAUAUUUGUAUCCACCACCUUCAAGUGCAAUUCUAACAAAUAUAGCAAAUGCCUUGGCAAGUGUGCCCAAAUUUUAUGUCCAGGUACUUCAUCUGAUGAAUAAAAUGAAUCUUCCUCCACCUUUUGGACCAAUUACUGCUCGCCCUCCCAUGUAUGAAGAGUAUUUGCCAGUGCCUGUGCCACCUCCCCCAGUGCCACCGCUGCCUCCUGAAGAGCCUCCUUUGCCUGAAGAGGAAGGAGGACUGUCUAGUGGGGAUGAGUCAGAAUAUGAAAGUGAUGAUGAUGAGGAAAAGGAGAGAAUGACCAAGUUGAUGGAAUUAGCAACCCUUCAGCCUAAAAGACCAAUAAACACAAAGAAACGUGGUGUUAGAAAAAAGCAAAGAAUUAAAGACAUGUUGAAUGUUCCCGUGUGUACUUCUCACAGUAACUCGCACCCUACACUGUCACCUUCAGAUGUCUUUGAGCAGCCGCAGCACGUAGGUCAUAAAAAAAUAGAGUUUCACAUUAGUACUGAGAUCCCAGCUGUUCUUCAGAGAAACUCAGAAAAAGAAGAAAAAAAUGACCUUUGUGCAACCACAGAAGAAAUCAAUAAUACAGGCUUUGGAAGGAUUUUCCCAGCUCCUAGCUCAAAUAAUAAAAUGGAAACUGAAGAGGAGGAUGAUGAAAUACCAUCCGAAUUUAUUUCUAGAAAGGAUCUAGAAAAAAACAGACUUUCUAGAGAAGAAAUGGAAAAAUAUUCUGUUUUCAGAAACUAUGAGCCAGGUGAUCCAAAUUGCAGGAUAUAUGUGAAGAAUUUAGCUAAGCAAGUUCAAGAAAAGGAUCUUAAGUUCAUUUUUGGACGAUAUGUUGACUUUGAGUCAGAGGUGGAACGAAAUAUGUUUGAUAUCCGUCUGAUGAAAGAGGGCCGGAUGAAGGGACAGGCCUUCGUUGGACUGCCCAAUGAGAAAGCAGCUGCUAAAGCACUAAAAGAAGCAAAUGGCUAUGUCUUAUAUGAGAAACCCAUGGUGGUUCAAUUUGCUCGUUCAGCUAGACCAAAACAGGAUGCCAACGAAGGGAAAAGAAAAAAGUAAAACACUGCACAGAAACAUUCCUGCGUAAAUACUGCAGUAAUACUGUCAUGCAGAGUGUAUCCUUUCUUGUUGUAUCCUUUUUUGUGCAAUGUUUCCUGUAGCACUCAACUGCAUCUUAAGUUUUCAUAUAGAGUAGGUGGAAUGGGGAGGAGUUAACAUUUUAAUCUAAUAAUUUUAAAAAGCAAAUUUUUUUCAGGGGGGAAAAAGAAACCAAUGAGUUGUCUGUGUUGUGUGAAUAGACACAAUGAAGGUUCUUGUUCUUAAAAGGUGGCCUUCUUCUUCCUCAGAUACCCUACUAAUUUGUGGUCCUAUUCCUUAGUGGAACAGUUCUAGCUCAUACCAGCUGAUCAGUGUGAAGCUGUGCUGACUCACACUGACCUUGUUUUUCUUUAAAUACAUAUUAUUA